AUGUCUAUUGUGCGUUCUACCACGAGCAAGAUCAAAAUGCUCAUUAAGCUCUCGCAGGGCGUAUUGUACGUCAAUCGAUAUGACUGGUCAUAUCACUUCGACGGCCAAGCAGUCAACAAGAGUCACCCUUCUGAGUACAAGGAUUUCGUGAAGUUCGCAAUCGGCCCGAAGGAAGCGUAUGAAGCGGGGUACAUGAUGGUCUUGGACGCCGAGGAGUUCUCGCCUGAUCUUGUGGACAAGGUUUCCCGGGAUUACGAGCCCAGCCAGAUGCAGGAAAUAUUCUCGCCAAUCCGAAAUACUCUGUCCAACAAUAUCCAGGAGAGGAUCUUCAUGAAACCGACUGGGAAACAGACUAUGGAAGGAUUCGGGACUUUCGUCUCGAUGGAAGACACGGAAUAUGAGUUCGGAUGGCUUGUCUUCGCUGAUAAAAAGCAUGAUGACUUCCCUGAAGCAGACGAACUAGUAGCUAUCAUCUACGAUGGCGUCUACGAUCUUCUUGAAGGGUAUAACUUUGCGGUUGAGCCUGGUCCUGACAUGGAAACAAGCACAAACACUAAAGAAAGCGAGGAUAUUCAAGCCGCCAUCGAGAAGAAUGAUGUCGACCUGGUGAAGAGUCUUCUGGAAAGGAACCUAGAAACGGGGGUCAGUUGUUUUGGGGAUCCUCUCCACUUGGCCGUGUGGAUUGGCAAUGCGGAAAUCGUCAGGAUGUUGCUAGAAAGAUGCCCGCCCACCGAGAAAGAGAUAUAUGACAAUGCUCUGCAUUUAGCGGCCCAUGGCGGUUAUGAGGACAUUCUGGACAUCCUUCUCGACAACGGUGCAGAUGUUAAUGCUAGCAACUCCCUCCAAGCUGCGGCAUGGGCAGGGAACGCGAAGAUUGUGAAACGGCUCUGCGAGAGAAAUGCCGAUGUCAACAUUGAAGGCGGUCGGUUUGGACAUGCCGUUAUCGCUGCUGUGAGCGGCAGGAACAAAGAUGUCACAGAACUACUUCUUGAAAACAGGGUGAAUGUCAAUGCAGCUGGUGGUCAGUACGGACAUGCUCUGCAGACCGCAGCACUGCUGGGAGACAACCAAGUUUUGGAAAUCCUACUCGAUAACGGUGCGGACAUGAAUGCCGUGGGAGGCCAAUAUGGAACAGCUUUGCAAGCCGCGGCAUACCGAGGAAACAAAGAAACUGUUGAGACCCUCCUUCGCAGAGGAGCGAAAAUUGAUGGCGAAGGAAACGGCGAGUACGAAAGUGCUCUCUUUGCCGCUGUGAUUGCGGAGCAUAAAGAGAUUGUCGAGAUUCUCCUCAGCAAUGGGGCAGAUCUCAAUGCUGAGCACAAAAAGCGCAAAGGCGCUCUUCACGCGGCUAUGGAGCAGUGGAGCACGGAGAUAGUGGAGACAGUCCUUGCAUGGGGAGCGGAUAUCAACGCCAAAUGUGGUCCGUUUACGAACGGUCUCCAAGCCGCGAUCAAGAUGAAUCAGCCACUGUUUGUGGAGAUGUUUAUUGAUCGUGGAGCAAGAGUCCAGGGGGACAUCUGGACUGGGAACGGAGCCAUCAUACGGGUCUUACUGGACAAGGGUAUAUUGGUCAGACAGCAUGUUGAUUAA